UGUUUCCGGCUGUAAAAGGAGUAAUGUAGACUUUAUAUUUUGAAGCAUAGUAUUACAAUUUCUUUAGUAUUUACAUGUGAUUAUUAUUAAAAUCAUUAUAAAUAUUGUAAAAUUAACUAAAUAUAGAUAUGAGUAUAUUCAGUUUUAAUUGCAUACAGAUGUGAAUGAUAAAAACUCUUUAACAAAAUAUGUGUACGAACAGUAACGUCUUUCCAUCUUGACAAUAUAAUAUAAUAUAAAUAAAGUUUAUAAUGUGGAGUGCAUCAGAAGAACCACCAGGAACAAUGGAAGGAGAUGCACCUGAAUCUAUGCUACAUGCUAAAGAAAAAUGUGAACAAAAUAAAAGUCAGUUGGAAUCUUUGAAAGAAAUUAUGUUGAAAAAUAAACAAAGUUUAAAAAAGAAAGAAGAGGAAGUUCAGGAAUAUGCAAGAAGACUUUCUAAAAUUAAAUCUAGAGCUAAGUUAUCACGUCGAAAUAGAGAAGGAAAUUUGCCUUCUAAAGAUAUAGCUCGUAUAUCUGAGACUGCUUUAACAGAUACACCUGAAGAAAAUAUUGAUGAUAUUAGUCAAGCAAAAACUGCAAAAGCAAAGUCUACUUUACUCCAAAAAAAGCUAGCAGAGAAUAGAAAGGCUUUUGAACAACGUAAUAAAGAAAUAAGUGAAACUAAACGAGCAGUUGAAGAAAAAGUAGAAGCUAUUAGGCAACAAUUAGAAGAAAAAGAUGUGACAGUAAUGGCUUUUCAAAAGGAUCAAAUAUCUAUUACAGCUGUAAAACCAGUCAUGAUUACUUCUGAUAUCAUGUCACCAAUUCAAAUAGAAAGUAUUCAAGAAAAAGAAAGUAAAAUUACAGAACUUAAUAAUAAAAUUUUGGAGCUUGAAGCUACAAUUAUGGAUCUUCAAGAAAACUUAAAAGAAAAAGAUUCUGUUAUUGAAUCUAAGACAAAGGCAGUUACCCUUAUGUCUGCAGAUCUUUCAAAAAGGGGUAAAACGACGUUAGACACUCUAGAAGAUACGAAAGACGAAAUGCGAACAAUGCAAGAACAUUUCGUACUUUUAGAGACAUCUUUGAAAAAUAAAAACGAAAAUCUCUUAAUGCAAUUGCAAGAAAGAGAUGAUAAAAUUGUAGAACUAGAAGAUUCAGUUGACCGAUUUAGAAAACAGAUUAAUGAGCAAAAAUUAUCUGAGACUGCCAGUGUCGAUUUUUCUCGUUCUACCAUGGAUACUUUGGUAGAAACUAAAGAAGCUAUGAAAUCAAUGCAAGAAAAUUUUGUACUCAUGGAAUCUUCACUUAAAGCGAAAAACGACAAUUUGCUGGAACAAUUAAAAGAUUAUGAAUUAAAAUUAGCAGAAGCUAAUGAACGAGUGUUUAAACUCGAAUCUGGUAUAGGAAUAGUCAGAGAUCCAACUGUUGAUGAGUUGCAAUUCAAAUUAGAAAAAUUGGAACAUAAUAAUAAACAAUUGCAAGAUGAAAAAUAUGAAUUACAAAAAAGCGUUGCAGAAUUACAAGAUAAAAUUGUAAAUAUAUCUAUGCAUGGUAAUGGUGCAAUAGUAGAAAAAGAUAAUAGAAUAAUUGAACUUGAAAAUUUAGUAGAAGAGUUAAAACAAUCUAAUAAAUUUCUUGAAGAAGAAUCUAAAGCAGAAUUACAAAAACAAGUAGCAGAUUUAACUUUAAAAAAUGAAGAGUAUUCAAAUAAAAUAACUGAUCUUGAAAACUUUGUUCAUAAACUUGAAGAAGAAAAAAAUGAAAUUGCGGCGAAGUUACCAGAAGAGGGUAUUAUUAAAGAAGAUGAAAAAGUGGCAAAACUUACUAAGGAAUUAGAAGAAUUAAAUAAAAAUAUGAUCAAAAUUAAAGCAAAACAUAAAAGUAAAAUAAAAAGUUUACAACAACAGUUGGAAAAUUUUAAAAAGAUAUCUGAUACAAAUGCGGAACUUGUCAGGUUGGGGAAUCAAGUGGCAUUAUUAGAGGAGGAGAAAGGUAACCUUCAGCUGAGUCUGGUAGACUUUGACGAGCUUAAAGCCUCAGCAGGAGAUUGGCAAGAACGUGUUGUUGAUCUUGAAAGUAAAGUUUCUGCUCAAACGAAAGAAAUUGAAAUGCAAAUUGAAGCCAUUGCUACUCUAGAGAAUCAAAAAUUGGAUCUUUUGCAAGAGCUUCAUAUGGCGAAACAAGAAAUCUCGUCUUUAGAAGCGGAAAAUGCAGAAUCUGAGAAUCUUAGAGUAACUGCAGAAAUAAAAGUCGUUGAUCUUGAAGAACAAUUAGAAGCUAUUCAUAGAAUGCAAAAUGAAAGUAAAUUAGAAUCUUCAUCAGAGGUUAAUUCUGCAGAGUUAAUUAAACAAGUGGAAACUUUAACGCAAGAAAAUACUGAAUUAUAUAAUAGAAUAUCGAAAUUUGAAGAAAAAGGAACAUCUGAUACCGGAUCUACUGAAUCAUUUGAAGCUAUACAAGAAUUAGAUAAAACUGAUUUGUUGAAAAAAAUCGAAGAUUUAACACAGAAAAAUAACGAAUUAACUCUUAAAUUGAAUAAACUUCAAGAAAAAGAAAAUGCUGAUUCCAUCGAAUCUAUGAAUAACAUUGAUAAAAAUGAAUUAUUAAAGAAAAUUGAUCAAUUAACACAAGAAAAUACUGAUUUAACAAUGAAAUUGAGUAGAGUGGAAGAAAAAGGAUCCUCAGAUACGGGUUCGACAGAAUCUUUUGAACGAAUACCAGAAAAUAAUGAGAGUAUGACAAAAAUUGAGCUUCUUACACAAGAAAAUAGCGAACUUGUAAUUAAACUUACAAAACUUGAGGAACAAUUAGAAUAUAUAGAAUCUAAAUCAGAUAUUGAUUUGAAGUUAAAGAUUGAUACUUUGGAGCAAGAAAAUGAUAAUCAAUCUAUAGAAUUAUCAAAACUUAAAAUUCAAUUAAUGGAUUUCAUUGAAGAAAAUAAUAGAUUGCAUAAAGAAAUUGAAAUGUUAUCUAUAAACAAUACUGAUUUAACUAUUGAGCCACAUAAAUUAGAAAUUGAAACUAAACAAUCAGAAGAGUCUGAAAUAUCGAAAAGGGAUGUUGAUUUUAAAACACAAGUUAACAUAUUAAUGGAAGAGAAAGAUCUUUUACAAAAAGAAGUAAAAGAAUUACGUAAUUCAUUGGAACAGUGGCACGAGAAAAAUCAGGAUCUUCAAAUCAAUGAUUUGAGAACUAAAAUAGAAGAAUUGUUGAGAGAAAACGAAGAAGUAGUUACGAAAAUGUCAGAACUUAAAACCUCUAAUCAAAAAUUAGAAGAAAAUGUGAUAAAAAUUACACAAGAAAAAGAAGAAUUAAAUUUAAAACUUAAUCAAAUGUUGGAUUCUAAUAACGAGACUUUAAAACUUACCGAAAAAUUAGAUAAAUUGAAUCUUGAAAAGCAGAAUAUUCAGGAGAAAAAACAACUCGAUGAACAAAUUGAUAUUCCUUUAGAAAAAUCUGAUCAAGAAUUACUUAAAACACCACAAUUAGAUGAACCUUUAUCACAGCAAACAGAAUCGACGAUCGUUGCUUCUUUGGAACAGGAGAUAGAAAAAUGUAAAAAUUUGAUCGCAGAACAAACAGGUCUGAUCGAAGAAAUGAAAAUAAAAUUAGUAAACAAGGAAAAGGAAUUAGAAGAGAAAAGUCAACAGAUUGUGGAUUGUGAAAGAUCUGGAAAGAAAGUUGAAACUUUGGAAAAUGAAUUGAGAGAAAUGUUUAGUACUAUAGAAGAAUGGAGAUACAAGUGCAAUGAAAUGGAAGAAAAAAUGGAGAAAUUGGAAGUGGGAAAAGCUUCGAUCGAGGAGAAAUUUAGAAUAUUGCAAAACGAGAAUAAAAUAUUAUUGGAAGAAAAUAAAGAGAAAGACGCGGAAACUGUAUUACUGAAAAAACAAUUGCAGGAUACAACGGUGACAUUUGAAUCAAAGCUUGAAAGACAAAUUUCAAUAAUAUCUGAAAAAGAAAAUGAAAUUAUCAGAUUGAAAGAAACUAUCGAGGAGAAAGAUCAAGAAUUACAGGCGAAAUAUACGGAACUCCAAAAUAAAAUGAUUACGAUAGACAGUUUGCAAGAUGAAUUUAACAAUUGUAAAAUGUUAAUCCAAGAGAAGGAUACUUCAAUAACAUCGAUGACCAACGAAGUUGCAAAUCUCAACAAUCUAGUAAAAAGCAAAGAGGAAGAAAUAUAUUCUUUGAGGAAAAAUAUUACCGAAUUGAGUGAUAAACUGGAACAGUCGAUACCUGUGAAAGAUUAUAACGAUUUGAUGGAAAAAUUGAAGGAUAAAAAUAUGAUUGUCGACGAGUUAGAGUGCAGAAUUAAUGCGACCACGAAAGAAAACAGUAAUUUAUCCGAAAAAGUGAAAAAUUUGUCGCAGCAAAAUAACGAUAUUCAAAAUCAAUUAACGGAGAAGCAACGGGAACUCGUUGAUUUAAUAACAACGAAAGAUCACUUAGAAGCUGAAAUUGUUGAAACGAAAGACGAGAAAGGUGAAGUUGAAAGGCGGGUCUGGGAAUUACAGACCAUUAUAGACAACAACACAAAGUUUGUCAAUGAUCUGCAAACGGAAUUGAGGAGCAAUUAUAAGCAGAUGGAACAGUUAAAAUCGAAGCACGCGGAGGACGCCCAACUGCAAAACCAGAGACUCGAAACCGUGAUCGAGGAAUUGACCGCGAAAAUGCGGGAAUGCGAGAUAUUGAAGGAGGAAUUGGAACAGAAAGAGAGAUUAAUCGGGCGCAACGUGACCGAGGAAGCGAAGGUUGCUCUGGAAUCCAAGGUUGCCGAUUUGGAGAAGAGGUUGAAAGAUUCCGAGGAGAAGGUGCAGUUGCAAUUGGAAAAGAUGAAGAAGAUAGCGGCCAAUCUGAAGAAGAAAACUGCCGUGUGCCAGGAGCUCGAGACCAGGGUGGCCGAGCUCGAAGAGAAAUGGACGACCGAAAAGGACGAGAAAGAGGCGAAGAACAAGCAGAUCCAAGACGUGGAGAUAACGAUCCGCGAGAAAGACAAUAGGAUAGCCGAUCUCGAGGAGAAGCUAGCCCAAUCUAGAAACGAGUCCUCCCAAGCGUCCAAGAAUAUAGAGAGGUUGACCACGGAUUCGUCCAACUUGAAGGAGAAGAUGACCUCGCUCACCCAACAAAUCGCAGAGAUGGAGGAGGAGAUUGUCAAGUUGAGGGUGGACCUCGAGUCUUCCACGACAGAUCUCACAUUGGAGAAGGAAAGUAGGCAGCUUGUAUCGUCGGAGUACGAAUCUUACAGGCGGCAAGUUGUCCAGGAGAACGAGCGCAGGCAGUUGGAAUUGGACGAGAUGAAGGAGAAGGCCAGGGAGCUUAGCGUGAGGAUGCAAGUUAUGGAGGCUGAGUACGUGGAGCACCUUACCUUGAUCAACGAUCUCAAGGCAGAGAACGGCCUCCUGUUGUCCAAGCAAGCGCAUAUAAACGAGAAACUGGAGACGGUCGAGAAAGAAUCGGAGGAGAGACGAUUGUUGCUCGAGCAGUUGGAGAAAGCGAGGGUGGCCAUCAACACCCGGGCGGAGGCCACUCAGACCCAAGGAGAGGAGGAGAUGGCGAACGAGGACGAGGAGAAAACGAGCGGAGCUCUGCAACACUGCACCCAUUGCGAGCAAUGCCAGACAUUGGUCCAAGCGUUGGAAGCUAAGUUGCAAGAGAGGGAGGCCGAGAUAGAGAAUUUGGACAACGAGUUGGCCAACUCGAUUGGCAAUUUUGUUCAGAUGAGGGAGUCCUUAAGGUUCAACGAUCUGAUGAAUCAGACAGGUAUGAGGAACAGGACGCUGGAGGAUCCGUACAACGAUCUUUUGUUCCAGUACAACUCGUUGGCGUCGAGUCACGAGGAGGUGAAGGUGAAUUUGGAGAAAGCAUCGAGGGAGAACGAGGAAUUGAGGGGGACGGUUGACCAAUUGCGUGUCACCAACGACACGUUCCAAGAGAGGAUAACGACGUUGGAAAACGUGGACGCGUUGAAUUCUGACCUGGUUAAGAAGUGGGAGGAACGGGAGCGAGAGUUGUUGAACGCUCGGCAGGAGUUGGAAAUUGUUCAGAGGCGCGGGGACGAGUUGGAACGGCGUUUGAACGCCCAGGCGGAGUCUCUUAAAUCCGUGGAGGCGCGGAGAGAGGCGGCGGAGAAAUCGUUGCGAGAUACGAAGGAGAGUUUGGAACGGGAGAUCGAGUCUCUGAGAAUGGACAAGGACUCGAGCGAGAGGAAGAUGAAAGAUCUGGAGACGGAGUUGGACGCGUGGAGGAGCAGGGAGAGCUUCGAUGCACCUCCUCGGGACAACGCCCCCCAGUUGUUCGACGCCUCGAGAAUCUUCGGCAGCGCGCCAUCCCCGCUCGAUUCCGAGCCUCUGGCCGACAGGGAGGAGGUGAAGAGAUUGCGCUCCUUGCUGGAGGAGAGGGAGGCGCAAUGCUCGAAUCUGACCCAGGAGGUGUAUCAGUUGCAGGGGACGUUGAGCGAGGAGAGGAGACUGAUCGAGGGGUUGAAAGCCUCGCAAAAGGAACUGAGCACCAAUUUGGAGAUGGCGGAACGAUCGGUGGCCGAGAAGGAGAAACAAGUCGACUCGUUGGACGCCGAGUUGCGUAACUCGACCAUUCGAAUGGAGGAUGAGCUGAGGGAGUCGUUGUCGGCCAAGGACGAGCAAUUGAAGGAGUUAAACGCGAAAUUGGAUUCCGUGAAAGAGACGUUGGAGGAGGCGCUCGUUGAACGCGAUCGGCAACACUCCCUCCUACGAUCCUACGAAUCGCAGAUAAACGAUCUGGAGAUGGAAUUGAGAAAUUCCACCGACCUCGACGCGCUGCAGGAUCUGGAGAAGCGUGUCCUUUCGCUCACGAAGGAGAGGGAUUUGCUUCAGUUGCAGGUGAACGAUUUGACAAGAUCCAUGGAGGAGUUGAAGGACUCGAUCAACCGUGGGCGAAACUCGGAGAUGGAGAAGGUUGGCCGAGAAAGGGACGAGGCUAGAGAAACUAUAGCGAGUCUUAGCCGAGCGUUGGAGGAGGCCCGCGAACGGCAAUCUGACAAAGCUACCGUUACAGAUGACACGUCGACGAAGGAAUCAUUGGAGCGACGAGCCUCGAAAAUCGAGGAGAGGAGCGUUUCUUUGGACGUUGGGGAAAUGGAGAAAAUUAACGUGGACGAGGAGAUAUGGGGUUGGAACACGGAGGACGCCCAAUUGGACAGCGAACAAGCGAUGGCGUCCACGAUCUUGAUCCCCAAUACGGAGAUUCAGUUGCGAGCCAAGGUGGAUGAUCUCCAGGAUCAGGUCAAGGAUUUGGAGAGGGAGAGGGCGAGGAUGGGGGAGGAGAAUAAGGCAGCUCAACUGAGGAACGCGAAAAUGUUGAAGAAAUUGAAGGAGUACAAGGCGCAGGCGGAGAGUCUGCAACAGCAAUUGAAGAUACAGAAAACGGCGGCCGAUUUUUACGGAUUGGACUCGGCCAUCGAGGAGGAGUUGAAGUCGCAGAUAGGCAAGUUGGAGAAGAAUUUGAACGAGGUUAAGGAGGAGAGGAGGAACACGGUUGCCGAGAAGGAGGCGCUGAUGAAACGGUUGGACGUUGUCGUCUCGGCGAACGAGAGAUACAUGGAGAUGAAAGAGAGGCAGGACAUGGACAUGGAGGUACUGCGCAUUCGAAACAAAGAAUUGUCCGACAAGGUAGAAAUUCUCGACAAACGUUUGCAGGAUUCGACUUUUCGCCUCGUCGAGGAUGAUACCUCCAGUGAACAAAAAGUGGCCACGCAAGAACAAGCUUCCUCCGGCAGAGAGAAACGUUCCCUGCCCAAAGAGGCGGAUCUCGAGAGUUUGUCGAAGAGGUACAAGGAGGAGAUGGACGAUCUCAAGGACGAGAUGGAGGCGCUCGCGACCGAGAACGAGCAGCUGCAACACUUUCUAGAGGAGCAAAAGAUUAAACUGUCCGCCCUAGAGUCGAAACGUAGCGCCGAGGAGGACGAGUCCAUCCAGAUAGUGGACGACUUGAACGGGAAAAUUUCUGAAUUGCAGGCGGUGUUGAGCAAAUCUAGGGAGGAGUACGAUCUGUUGAGGAAACAGUACGAGCAGAGCUUGAUGGACGCUAACGAUCAGGUGACAGCGAUGAGGCAGAACGCGGAUUACUUGAAAGAGGAGGCGUUCGAGAGGACGGCCAAACUGGAGAUGGAGAUAGUCGAUUUGCGCCAACAGCUCGAAGCUUCGGAAUUGAACGUCACGGAGUUGCGGAAGGGUUUGGAGGACGCUUUGAGGGAGAAGUCGAGCGUGGAGGAAAGAUUGACGGAUUUAACGGCGUCCACCGAGAAGCAAGUUUCUUCCUUGAACGCUUCCAUGCUGGAGGUGACGGAUCUCUUGAACACGAGGAUCCAGGAGGUGGCGGAUCUGAGGCAAGAGCUUCAAAAGCAGUACGUGGAGCACGAGGAGGCGAAAACGAGGUUGCAGAGUACUGUGAAAGAGUCGAAUCGAGAAUUGGACGAGAAGAGGCAAGAGAUGGAGGAUUUGAGGAGAUCGUUCGCCGAGAGGGAGAAGGAAUUCGUCGAACGGCAGAGCGUGGAAACGGUGAGCGCCCUCGUGAGCCAGGCCACUCAGGAAUUGAUGCAGAGGCACGCGAUAGAAAUCGAGGAGAGGGAUAAACACGUGCGAAAUCUUAACGAGAGAUUGUCCGCGUUAGAAGCAACUGCGAACGAGUGUUUGCUCGAGAAACGGAACAACGUUGUUCAACUCGACGCAAGAAUACAAGAAUUGGAACUUUUGAGACGGGAUUUGAUGGAAAAGGAGUCGAGUUUGGCGUCUGUUCGAGAGGGAUUCGCGUCGAUGGAGAAACAAUUGGCCCAGAGAGAGUUGGAGUUGUCAGAAAGGGAGGAAACGAUUCGGAAAUUGUCACUCGAGAAUCAAAGAUGCGUGGAAACUGUGGAGGAGCUGCGUAAACGUUUGAACGAGUCUGCAACGAUCUCUGCCAAUGUGAACGAGUAUACGUUGCGUGUUCAGACUUUGGAACGGGAAGUGGAAAACAUGAGAUCACUGCUAGACGAGAAAGAGGCUAUCUUGCGAAAGAACGUGGAGGAGGCGACAGAGUAUAGAGAGAUUAUAGAAAAAAGUAGAAUCGAAUUGAGCGAACUUCGUAUGGAGGUGCAGAAGGUGGAAGAUUUGAAGAAUGAACUGUUGGAGAAGGAGGAGCGAGUGAACAGUUUGAACUCGGAAUUGGAAGCAACCCGUAAAGCUUUGGAGGAAACCAGGCAAAACUUGAACGAGAAGAUGUCCCUUCUAGAUCACAGUAAUCGGUUGUUGAACGAAAGGCAAAUGGAAAUUGAUAGAUUGUCGAGUUUGCAACAGGAUAGACGUAGCUCUGCCAACAUGAUAGACGGUUUACCCGUGUUCAGAAUGGGCAACGGGGAGCAAAAUUUACAGCAUACCAUAGACAAUAUGCAGGUUGAACUUGAGAGGAAGCAAGAGGAGAUCGAGCAUUUGAAAUAUAUUCUGAACGAGAACACGUAUCCGGGUAUAAUUCAAGAGAUGCAGCAAAGGAUCAAUUGUCUGUACAAUGAGAAGGCGGAGUUGGAAUCGUCAUUGGAGGUAAUCAAUGCAAGAGCCGAGGAAAAGGAGAAGCAAAUCCAUGCUUUGGAGCAAAGGAUCGAGACACAGAGCCAGGAAUUCGUCUCCAAAGAGGAGCUUCAUUCCAGGGAUCGAAGAUCGAUCCAGGAACAGGAACAAAUUGUCAGGCUUCAGAACGAGUUGUACGCCAAGGAGCAAGAGAUUAACGAACUCAAGUACAUAGUAGCUGAAAAAGAGUCUCAGUUGUCCGUCCAGGCAAGCAUGGAGCCUCAAUCGGAUGAAUUUGAAUUACGCGAGAUGGUUCAAAGAUUAACUGCUGAAUUAUACGGUAAGGAAGAGGAAGUUAAACAUACGAAACUAACUAUUGUCGAAUUGCAGAGGGAAGUAUCUCGCUUGCAAGAGUUUGAAAGAUUUUCCGAGCAGACUAGAGAGGCUGUACAAAAGCUCAACGCGGAGAAGGAGCAGAUUCGUUUGGAGGGUGAGGAAUUUUUGGAGAGGAGGUUGAAAGAGAAGGAAAUGGAAAUCGAUGAGAUAAAGCGAAACUUAGCUAUGGAGAAUCAAAAAAUCUUGGACGAGUUGUCGUUCAACAAUAGAGACAUUGAAAGUCUGAAGAGUCAGCUGACGGAGUUGUCCACGACUGAGCAAAGAACCAAAGAUGAAUUACGUCGGAGGGAGGAGGAUCUGUUGCGGGUAAAUUCUGAUUUGGCGGAGAAGGAACGAAGAUUGGCCGAACUGAGUAUUACCAAAGACGCGGAGCUUCACAAUUUGAAGAUACAAAUUUCUGAGAAGGACGCGCGCAUAGAGGAACUCGUAUCGUUGUACGAGGAGGGAGAGAAACGGUUUACCGAAUUGAAGAAUACUUUGUCGGCCAGAGAGAUCGAAAUCAAUUCGUUGAAGACACUUUUAGAGGACAAAGUAAAGGAAUAUCAAUUGAUACAAAACGUUUUAAAAAAAGACGUAUCCGUUCUGGAUACUUCAACUAGUACAACCAACCCAAAUACGGAAACCUCUGAUGACAAGAGUAAAACGUCAACGUCGCAGGAAUUAGAUCUUGCGUUGUACAUGCUUCAUCAAAGAGACGUAAGAUGCGAGGAAUUGACGCACGAAUUGAUGCAGUUACUCGAGGAACGCGAUACGUUGCAAUUACGCCUCUCUAACGCGAUCAGAGUUAAUGAAGACUUGAGGAAAGGUACUUUAACGAAUGUAGACCUCAGCCCGAAAAUGGAGCCAUCCACUUCUGGAGGCACCGUGGAACCAAUUGUGGAACAUCCUUCACCAUCCAAGUCUGAGGGACCAGUCGAGAUAGCCAAAGAAGCUAUUGACGCACCGAUUGGGGAAAACAAGGAAAUCCUUGCCCAAAAUUUUCCCUUCAGGCUGUCACAACUGCAAACGGUGAGCCAUUCAAAAGAUGUGCGAUUGAGGGAUGAACGAGAGUUGAGACACACACAACAAAUGUCUUUACUAGCACACAAAGACGUUUUAAGUACUUUACCCCCUGAAGCAGCUGCCAGACUCGUCAAUGCAAAUUACACACUCUCUAGGGAUGUCCAGAGUCAAUCGAGUGUUUUGUUAAAUUGGCUAUGGGGAAAAAGUACGCCAAAAGUGGUACAUAUGUGAUGGAAUACUAAUGAUGGUGAGGUGGACAUUAUCCUUGCCUUCUGGAUACAUUCCUGCCAAGUGCCAACUGCCGAGACUAUUUCUGUAAUUAAACUAAAUCGAACAAGUCAAAAGUAAUCGAAAAUUUCGAUUAAUUCAUUGAUACAUUGCGACGUGAUUGAAAAAUAUGAUUCACGUAUUAUUGUCGUACUUCUUUCAAAGGGUUCUAAAAAGUCGCUCCUCUUCAGAGAAGAAGAGAAUGAGGAGAGGACUUAAUUGUAUUAUAAUCAUUGUAUAGUUGUCGUGUUUAGAUAAAUUGUAAACGAAACAUUGCCUUGAAGAAAUGUAUAUUUCAGUUAUUUUAUUAGCCAUGAAAUUGUUAAUAGGGCGUAAGAUGUUUCUUGAGUAUCGAGAUCUGAUAUUCGAUACAAGUAUAUUUGUUCCGAUAAUAAUUCUUUUUAAUUAUUGCAAAUUUUUCUGUUUACCAUUGUCUAUUAUUAUCUAUGAUUUGUCAAUUAUUCAGUGUCACGAGUAUUUCUAUAAAAUGUUAUCGAUUGAAUCGAAAGAAUAAAUUUCUAACGAAAUGUUGACAAAUCAUACGAUGAUUGAAACUUAUUAUAUUAAUUGUGAAAAAAUGUUUUAUCACUGGAAGUGCCGUAAUUAUUUGUUGCUUUUUAACUAUGAUGAUUCGAACUUUCUAUUUCCAUGAAAUAUUUUGUACAGAAAAAAGAAAGCGUCGUUGAAUAAAUAAAUUAUGAAACAGAA